GCCCCCCGCGGUUAAUGGCGCUGGUGGCGGGAAAGUUGAGUUCCUGGUGCGCCGAGCCUCCGGGAAUAUGUGUAGUGCCUUCCACAGGGCUGAGUCUGGGACGGAGCUCCUUGCCAGACUUGAAGGUAGAAGUUCCUUGAAAGACAUAGAACCGUAUCUGUUUGCUGAUGAAGAUUCACCUGUGCUUGGUGAUAUUCUUGAAUUUCAUGGUCCGGAAGGAACAGGAAAAACAGAAAUGCUUUAUCAUUUAACAGCACGAUGUAUACUUCCAAAAUCAGAAGGUGGACUGGAAGUAGAAGUCUUAUUUAUUGAUACAGAUUACCACUUUGAUAUGCUUCGGCUUGUUACAAUUCUUGAGCAUAGACUAUUCCAAAGUUCUGAAGAAAUAAUAAAACGUUGCCUUGGAAGAUUUUUUUUGGUAUACUGCAAUAGUAGCACCCAAUUGCUUCUCACACUUUACUCACUAGAAGCUAUGUUUUGUAGUCACCCCUCCCUCUGCCUUUUGAUUGUGGACAGCCUGUCAGCCUUUUACUGGAUAGACCGUGUCAACGGAGGUGAAAGUUUCAACUUACAAGAGGUGACUCUGAAGAAGUGUUCGCAGUUCUUAGAGAAACUUGUAAAGGAGUAUCGCUUGGCUCUUUUUGCAACAACACAAAGUAUAAUGCAGAAAACCUCAAACUCCACAGAAGGGCCUUCCUCUGCGUCUAACCCUCCGAGUGAUGCGGGUGUGGACUAUAGACCCUAUCUCUGUAAGGCGUGGCAACAAGCGGUGAAGCGGAGGAUAUUCUUCUCCAAAGACGAUUCUAAAACCAGCAACCAAUUUUCUUUAGUUUCACGUCAUUUAAAAAGUAGCAAUUUAAGAAAACAUUUUUUUAUCAUUGGAGAAAGUGGGGUUGAGUUUUGUUGAUAUGUUUCAUAAAAUAGUCUUUGUGGGAUAGUAUGCAAGUUUUAAAAAGUCUUUAAUCAGCUGAAGUGAUUCCAUUCUAAAGUUUUAAACUCUAGGGGAAUUAACAUAACAGUAUUUCUAUACAGAAUGGAUUUCUUAAAGUAGUACAGUAAAACUUCAAACUAUUCUGUACCUAGGUCGUUGAAGAUUAAUCAAAAUUAUAUUAAGUAAAUUGUAUAUUAAGCUUAUUUAAAAACUAAAUCAAUAAUAUACACAUUUCAGCCUAAAUAAAAUAGACUUUUAUAACUUUGUGUCACAUUUCUGGAAUUCAGUUAAGUACUUAUUUGUUUAGGAAAGUUUAAAUGCAUUUCUAAUUUCUUAUGUAUAACUCCUUUAGGAAGCUGUGACUUUGGGAAAUGUUUCUGUAAAGCUGUUAUUUCUAUAAAAGGGAUGAAAACAAGGAGCUUACCCAUCUACCUUUCACACCAAAAACUAUGGAAAGUCAGAUCAUUUUGAUCUAAGUUACACCGAAUUCCAAGAUGGAAUUGCAUGAUGGUUGGGUUUCUGUAGAAUUUUUAAAACACAGGGAAAUAAGAUACCCAUUCAAGGAAUUCUGUGAAGAUUGUUUUGAAAUUUUCAUCUCCUCCUCGUUAAGUUGUAGACAAAUGCUAAAACUAUAUUAGAACUCUAUGUUACUAGUAUUGUCUUACCCAUUUGGAAUAGUCUAGACAUACCCUGAAAUGAAUCAAAUCUUUUUCAGCUGAGAGCUGGACAAAGCUUUAUAUACUUUGGUCCACUGAUGGCCAGAAUGGGGGAGCAUGCACUCCAAAGGGUACACAAGGUAAUGUAUUGUGGUGGAAGAAAAUUUUAGAACUUCUAUUUAUACACUUUAAUCCAUAAAAAGAUUGCUAUAUCAAUAUUUGAUAUUCAAAUUGACCCUGACACUCAUUCAAUCUAUAUGUAAGGUUGUCUUCUGUCACAUACAUAGUUGAUAUAUCCUCUGGGAAAUGUGGAAAGAAUGGACAGAGGUGUUCUCGUGGGCACGUUCAUUUAUGUUACCUAUUUAGUUUAAACUAUCUAAUUGUAAAUUCACUUAUCUAACAAAGAUUCUUUUUAAGAGCUUAGAAAGAAUCCUGCAGAGAACCUGAGAUGGAAGAUGAUAUUCUCCAUAGCGCAGGGGAGCAGAUGUAGCAUGUACUGUCUGUGCCCCACCCGUGUACCCUGGGCCUCUUCUGGCUCCUCCUCAGUUUACGAAACCUGAAGACUUCUGAAGGUGUCUUCGGGAUGCCAGAGCCCACUGGGCUGCAUGUGGGCCAGGCCUAGCAGAGUGGGUCAGGAUUUGGUAUAUAAACACUCCAGCGUCCUCACGCUUCAGUGAGAGGACACUGAGGUAUUUCUCAGAGUGGCCUCAGGAGGAUUCAUGCCCAGUUGCUCCCGGCAAUAAUCUAUUCAUUAACACACCGUUUAUUGCCUUCCAUCCUUCCUUCCUGCUUCCCCACUCUCUCAGGGGGCCUCCUGAGAUUGUCUCCCUAAUGAAUGACAAAUCCUUGUCUAGGAACUACUUUUGUUUGAGGAUGAGGGAGAACCAAACUGUCAGCAGACAAUAAAAAGUCUUCAGACUAACAGCCCUUCAGGCCCAAUAUUUGCUUUUUAGCCACAUUAUGAAAUUAAAAAUGAUAGCAGUCUAAUUGGCAAUCAAGUUGAAUUACAUUGGAUCACAUUACUAUUUCACAUCCACACACCUAUAUGCCCUCAUAAAUAUUAUUUUGCCAUUAAUAUAAUUUAAAAUAUUUUAAAAUAUUACAUAUUUUGGGGGCCGGCCCCAUGGCCUGGUGGUUUGGGUUCGGCAAACUCUGCCUCAGUGGCCCGGUUCAGUUCCUGGGCACAGACCUACGCCACUUGUUGGCAGCCAUGCUGUGGUGGUGACCCACAAACAAAAUAGAGGAAGAUUGGCAGGGAUGUUAGCUCAGGGCGAAUCUUCCUCACCAAAAAAAAAUAUAUAUUACAUAUUUUAUCUAUAGUUCAUCCUUUUUCAAUUUAUAUUUUUGUAUAUUUUAUUACAUGCAAUACAUGUUACACAUAAAUAAUUUAUAAAUAUUUGUAUUUUGGGGGAAUAUGCUUAUUUUUUCCCCUGAGAAGAGUAUGUGAUCAUUAAGAUUGAGAAUCUCUUGCUCCAUUCUAGAGUACUCCUUUUAGCUGUUAAGAAAAGAUGACAGUUCAGUUACCUUCCCUUUCCAGCUCUGCAGCCUGGUCAUGUGUGUGUUACAUGUGUAUAUGAAAAACUCAGCAGAAUCUUAGCCUUGACUAUGAGAGGAUUUUUCAUUUCUCCUCUGUAUAAAUGAAGUGUUAAUUUAAUGGACUGUUAUUCACAGAUUUAUAACUUAUUCUUUGGGAACAUGAUUAAAAAAUAAUGAACUUUUAUAUUAACUUAAGUUAUCAAUUAUAUAUUAAUGUGUCAGACCAAAGACUUAGUUAUCUUAAAAAGAUUUGUUAUCUGACAUGUUACAAGGAAUUAAGAAUCCUGGUUAAUAAAACAUUGUUUUAAACUAAAAGUUAUACCAAUGGGAUUUUUUGAACACUAUAGAAAUUUUAAUACUUGUCAAAAGAAUCAGACUUAAAGAGAAAGAGAAGUGGCAUGUCUUCAGCUACCUAGGUAGCAGACACCGGGGACGCUGGAUGGAACCAAAAGAACCACGGGAGUGAGUGAUUACAAAUCUUGGAAUAUUUAUCCCAUUUCCCUGUAAAAAAAAAAUGAGCAUCGUAAGAUACUUUUCUUACAGUGAACUUGUUAGGAUCAUUGUGAGAAUCUAGUAAAAAAAUGCAUAUGAAAGAUAUUUCAGAUGAUCGUCUGAUAAAUGCUGUGCUAAAUUAAGGUAGUGCUUACUUCACCACUUCCUUUGUGUGUAUGAAGUUUCCAGCUUUCAACUAUCAACUGCUGUGUUAUUAAUAUCAUUCAAAGCUUUUGAUGCAGACCACUUAGCUAUAUGGAUUAUCUAAGAAUGAGGGUGAAAUAAAGACAUUUUCAGAGGAACAAAAACUGAGAAUUUAUCACCAAAAUUGCCUCACUAAAGGAACUUCUAAAAGAUAUACUUCAAGGUGGAGGAAAAUUAUCCCAGAAAGUCUGAGAUGUAAGACGUAAUAGUAAAGAAAACAGUAAGCAAUGAGUAAUCUAAAGAAAUAUUGAUAGUAUAAAACAAUAGUAAUGACUGAUUUGUAGGAGGAAAAACCCAAUUUAAAGUAAAAAUUCUAGGGCCGGCCCCGUGGCUUAGAGGUUAAGUGCGUGCGCUCUGGUGCUGGCGGCCCGGGUUCAGAUCCCGGUCGCGCACCGACGCACCACUUCUCUGGCCAUGCUGAGGCCGUGUCCCACAUACAGCAACUAGAAGGAUGUGCAGCUAUGACAUACAACUAUCUACUGGGGCUUUGGGGGAAAAAAUAAAUAAAUGAAAUUAAAAAAUUAAAGUAAAAAUUCUAGGUAACCUUUUGCCUAUAAGACUAGUGCAUGUAAGGUUGGUAAUUGAAAUUAUAUCACUCUAAAGAUCUUAUAUUCUGAGGGAGAGUAAAGAUAUAGACCAACUUUAGACUUGAUUAAAUAUGAACCUGACAAUUUGAAGAGCUGCCUCUAAAAGAAACAAAUUAGUAUAUGUUCCAGUAGUACAUGUUGAGGAGGCAAAAGGGAAAUGAGAAAAACAAAAAACGAACAAAGACACAGGAGAAAAAGUGGAUAGAACAUACAAGCUCUAAACCAUAUGAUAGAGAUAAAUCCAAUUGUAAAUGGGUUGAACUCUUCGAAAAUCUUGGGUUGUUAGACUAGAUUUUUGACAAUCCACUAUGUAUAUGCUUUUUGAAGAAAUGCGUCUAAAACAAAAAUACAGAAAUAUUGAGAGCCAAAAGAUACCAGAGAAAUAUCAAAAGGAAGCUCUUGUAGCUGUAUAAGUAGACUUUUUUACUAUUACAACAUUUUCUGUUUUAACAGAGAUUGCUACAUAAUGAUAGAAGGUUUGAUUCAUUGUUUAAUUUUAUAUGUCCUCAGUGAGAUAACUUCAAUGAAUACAAAGCAAAAAUUUAGAGAACUACAAGGAGAAAUUGACAAAGUCACCACCAUGGUAGAUAUUUUAAUAUACCUGGGAGAUCAAGCAAUUAAAAAAAUCAGUUAAAGACCUAGAAUCUGAACACAAAAUCAAGCUUGAUCUAAUGAACAUAUGCAGACUCUGCAUAUAAAAUAAGAAUGCAUAUUCUUCUAAACACAAAAGGAAAAUUUAUCACAUGCUAUGAUAAGAAGACAUUAGCAAAUUUCAAAGAAUCAGUAUCAUGGAGAUCCUCUUUCUUGACUAUAAUGCAAUUGCCAGAACUCAACAACAAAAAAGAUAACUAGAAAGGUUACAAAUUUAGAAAAAAAG